AUGACUAGCAUUUACACUUCCGACAUUAAACAUCAUAGGAAGGCCCCUCCUCCUCCAGGUUCUAAUACCUCCUCUUCUUCAUCGACAUCCCUUGCUUAUCAUAAUAUGACCUCUUCAAUCCCUCCUCCCCUUUCAUCCUCGUCAACUUCAAAUUCAAAUACUUCGGGUGCUACAAUGGCUUCAACCCUUGAUGAAGGUAAUACUUCAACUACAUCUUCCAAUUCUUCAAAAUCAAUCCAGUUAAAUAUUAAUUCAAAUAAACGUCAAUCUGGUUGGGUUCAUGUUAAAGAUGAUGGUAUUUUCACUUCAUUUCGUUGGAAUAAAAGAUUUAUGAUUAUUAAUGAUAAAACUCUUAAUUUUUAUAAAAAUGAACCAAUUGCUCAUGCUACCCUCGAUUCAAAUUCAAUGAAUACAAAUGCUCCUGAUUUAUCUUUCCCUUUAAACUUAAUUAGUAGCAUUAAUUUAAAACCAAAUUCAGGUUAUUCAAAAACAAGUCAAACUUUAGAAAUUAUUCCUAAAAAUAAUGGUAAAUCAAUGUUAAUAUCAAUAAAAUCAAAUAAUGAUUAUUUGGAUUGGUUAGAUGCUUUUACUAAUAAAUGUCCUCUAAUUAAUAUUGGUAACCAAAAUAAUACUAAUGUUUUAAAUGGUGGUACAGGAGUUUCAAAUCCAAUUAAUUUCACUCAUAAAGUUCAUGUUGGUUUUGACCCAGCUAGUGGUAAUUUUACUGGGUUACCUGAUAGUUGGAAAAACUUAUUACAACAUUCUAAAAUCACUAAUGAAGAUUGGAAAAAGGAUCCAGUGGCUGUUAUUGAAGUUUUGGAAUUUUAUUCAGAUAUAAAUGGUGGUAAUUCUGCUGCUUCGACUCCAAUGAGUUCUCCAGCUAUUGGUAACAAUUCAGUUAAUAAAAAUCUACAAGAUUUAACUAAACCUCCUCAAAAUAGAAACCAAAAUCAAGCAAAUAAUAAUCCUCAAUUUAAACCAAUUAGAGCGGCUCCAAAACCUCCAGCACCUUAUCAUUUAACUCAUCAACAAAAUAAAUCUUUUAGUGGCUCAUUACCAAGUGAUUCUAAUAAUCAAGAUAAUCAAAAUAAUGAAUAUACCAAUAACAUUUCCCCUCUUAAUAAUUUGUUAAAUAAUUCUAAUAAAGCGACUGACUCAAAGUCUGCUCCUAAUAAUGAUUUAAUUCCUGUUAGAAGGGCUCCUCCUCCUCCUUCAUCUAAUAAUAAUAACAAUAAUAAUAAACAAAAUUUACCUACUGGUUUAGGUAUAUCAAAUUCAGGACAAAAUCAAUCUCCAAGUUCAAUUCCAAAACAAAGUCCGCCAACUUUACCUAAAAAUAAACUUCAUCCAGAUUUGAAAAUUCAAACUGGUCUUAAUCAAACUCCUAAUAAAUAUCCAACUCCACCUGCUAGUGCACCAGUGACUGGACCUACCUAUAUAAAACCAUUUGGUUUAAAUAAAACUCCAGCUCAAGGACAAUACCAAGAUCAAAAUCAAUCACAAAAUCAAAAUCAUUAUCAAAAUCCUCCAUUAUCUGCAUCUUCUAAUCAACAACAUUUUCAAACUGGUAAAACCGGAAUUAAUAUUAAACCAAUUGCAACUGGAGCUGGUGGAUUACCAUCAUCAAUUUCACAACAGGAUGCCCCAAUUAAACCACUUCAACCUCAACCACGUCAACCGGCACAUCAUCAACAUCAACAAUCUCAAGCUUCUAAUAAAUUGAAUCAACCAAAUGGUAAUCCACCAAUGGGACCAGCUCAAAAUAAAACUGCCAAACAAAUAAAGAAGGAAAGAGAAAAAUUGAAUGAUAUGCAAAUUAUUGCAAAAUUGAAAACUGUGGUUAAUAAUAAUGACCCAACACCAUUAUUUAAAAUUAUUGAAAAAGCUGGACAAGGUGCUUCAGGGGCAGUUUAUUUAGCAGAAUCAUUAAAUAAAGGAGAUGAAAAUAAUAAAGUUGCUAUUAAACAAAUGGAUCUAAAUGUUCAACCAAGAAAAGAAUUAAUUAUUAAUGAAAUUUUAGUUAUGAAGGAUAGUCAACAUAAAAAUAUUGUUAAUUUCUUAGAUUCAUAUUUGAGAGGAAAUUCUGAUUUAUGGGUUAUAAUGGAAUAUAUGGAAGGAGGAUCAUUAACCGAAGUUAUUGAAAACAAUGAAUGUAAAUUAAGUGAAAAACAAAUUGCCACAAUAUGUUUGGAAACAUUAAAAGGUUUACAACAUUUACAUAAAAAGCAUAUUAUUCACAGAGAUAUUAAAUCAGAUAAUGUUUUAUUAGAUGCGAAAGGAAAUGUUAAAAUCACCGAUUUUGGAUUCUGUGCAAAAUUAACCGAUCAAAGAAAUAAAAGAGCUACAAUGGUUGGUACUCCAUACUGGAUGGCUCCAGAAGUUGUUAAACAAAAAGAAUAUGAUGAGAAAGUUGAUGUUUGGUCAUUAGGUAUUAUGACAAUUGAAAUGAUUGAAGGUGAACCACCAUAUUUGAAUGAAGAACCCUUAAAAGCAUUAUAUUUAAUUGCAACUAAUGGUACACCAAAAUUAAAGAAACCUGAUUUAUUAUCAAAUUCAAUUAAAAAAUUCUUAUCAAUUUGUUUAUGUGUCAAUGUUAUGUACAGAGCUCUGACCGAUGAAUUAUUAGAGCAUUCUUUCAUUCAACAUAAAUCUGGUAAAGUUGAAGAAUUGGCUCCGUUAUUAGAAUGGAGAAAAAAUCCUCAAAAUCAUAACUAUAGUGAUGAAGAAGAUGAUGACUAA